AUGGCAUCAGAAAGGAUUCCCGAUGUUUACGGUCCGGGCACCUUCACAGACAAGACCUUCACCCCCGUACCCGAAGACACCGAGCGGAUCUUUCGUCUCAUAGCAAGCCAAACUCCGGGCUUCACUCAAGAUGAGCGUCUACUUUCCAGAGUCACGUUUACCGGAGAGGCGUAUCCCGUUAUCCCCGGCCCCAUCAAGGCGGUUUCUGUCGCUGCCGCCCUUCACGCCAUGACCGGCGUGCUUGCAGAUGAAAUUCUAGCCAUCCGCGGCGUCAACAAGGAGGACAGACAAAUAUCUGUCAACACCACACAUGCAGCUGUCUGGUUUGGCUGUAUAGCCACUGCAUUCCUCGAUGGUGUCGAUGUUGUCAGCAUGGUCAAGCAGGGCCAGCUCAAGAGCCUUCUGCCUGAUUGGGAGCGGGGUUGGACCGACACUCCCCUCAAAUACCGUGCGACUGGCCUCUACCCAACCAGCGAUCCUGAAGUAUGGUAUUCUCUUCAUGGCAGCAUGAACGCUGAUCCAGUCCUGCGAUCUAUCGGCGUCGACCCAUCAGCACCAAUCAGUUCCAACGACGAGGCAGCCGUGCACAUUGCUGAGAGCACCUCAAAGCUUAGCCCAGAGAAAAUGGAGGUCACAAAUCUGUUAAAUGGAUUUUGCGGCAGUAUCUGCUUCACUCCCAAGCAGUGGCGCGAGUCUGAGAUGGGACGGUCCCUUUCUAGGCACCCUCUAGUCAAUGUAAAGAAGCAGGAGCAGACGAUGCCUACACCGCCGAUCGCGUUUCCGCCUCUCAGCUCCAACGACAAACGACCCUUGGCAGGGGUUAAAGUUGUGGAAAUGACCCGGGUUAUCGCUGGACCAGAGAUAGGGACCAUUCUUGCUUCAUACGGCGCAGAUGUAAUUCGCGUCAACCCUCCCCACCUUCCGGACAUCAACAUCAUGCAGCUAUCAUUGAACGCUGGUAAGCGCACGAUCGCCAUCGAUCUGCGAAAAGAAGAGGAUGCUUCAAUUCUCAAAUCGCUCGUUUCCGACUGCGAUGUGUUCAUCCAGGGGUUCCGCAUCAACAAGAUGCCCAAGUUUGGCCUUGGGCUGAACGAUCUCUUGAAAAUGGCUGGUGAUCGUGGCCGAGGAAUCGUGUAUGUCACCGAAAACUGCUAUGGACCGGACGGAUAUUAUGCCGAGCGACCCGGCUGGCAACAAAUCGCCGAUGCUGCGGCUGGCUCUGCCUAUGUUACAGGAAGAUCUUUGGGACUUCCGAAUAACGAGGCCGUUCUUCCUAGCUUGCCCAUUUCCGACAUGUCCACCGGUGUCUCGGGCGCGGUUGGCGCAAUGCUAGGACUGAAGCGGCGCGCGACUGAGGGGGGAAGCUACUACUCACACGCCAGUCUCGUGGGCGUUAAUGCCUAUGCCCUCACCGAAGAGGUCGGUCUCUACCCUGAAAGCACUGUGGCAGAAUGCAAGCAGCGCUUCCAAUGGGGUGAAAUGAGAGGUGCUCAUCAUGUUCUGGAUCUUCUAGUGACUGUCUGGAAUGGAUGGACAAAAGUUCUUGGUGACUUCUUCAACCCUGAAGGCGAAUGGUUCCAAAGCUUUGAUUCAAGUGCCUUCGACAGGAAGCGCUUGAGUAUUUUGAAACCGGUGGUCAAGUUUGAGGGGGAAAAGGAAAUAUCCCCCGAAUGGAAAACUCCAAGCGUUCCGUACGCCUUCGAGAAGGCCGAAUACGUCAGGUUCCGUUGA